UGAACACGUAUGGAUUGUCCACAAUUCUGUGUACAGCAUAAGUAAUCUGUGUAACACAGGAAGAUGGCAGGAAAGCUGAAGAUAAUCGAUAGCAAUGGUGAAUUAAUUCCGGAUUUAGAACCAAGAGAGAUAUUACUGAAGAGUUUCAAUGAAGAUGAGUCACAAAAGCUGCUUGAAAUUUUUAAUGAGGAAUUAAAUGAUUUAGAGAAAAUUUUCAGAGUCAAAAGAGGACAGGAAGGACCAAAAGUAGAAAUUUAUUGUAAUCCUGCAAAAGAAACAAAAUGUCAAAGGGAAGUGGAUAGACUUCUGGAACUAGUACAAGGUUUGAAUGUUGAAGGGAUAGAUUGCCGGAGUCAGAUAAAGUCUAAAGAUGACAUUUUGAGAAUUCUGAAUAAGGAAGUUGGAGUUGUUUGCAUCCCCUCUAAGAUGGACGGAAAUAUCCUCCGAAUUUAUGCCAAAAAUAAAAAUGACCUUUAUCGAGCAACAAAAAAAUUAACUGGUUCUGUAGAUAAAACUGGACAUAAAGCAAGCAGCAGAGAAGGCCGAUCAUUUUCCAACCAUUCAUAUGGUUUAGGUGAUUCUGAUGUAGUGUGUGGAGGCAGGGAGGCCCGUGCUACUGAUGGUGUUAAGACCUUCCGAACCAGCAAUGGACUUAUUGUAAAAAUAUAUAGAGGUGCUAUCACAAAGCUGAGUGUUGAUGCAGUGGUAAAUGCAGCCAACGAACAUCUGGCAAAUGGAGCAGGGGUAGCUGGGGCACUUUCCAAAGCAGGUGGUCAUAACUUUGACAAGGAAUGCCACAGAUUCAUUCAGAAGAAUGGCACUAUCCCUGUUACAAAAAAUGUUGUAACAGGGGCAGGGGCUAUGAAUUAUGAUGGAGUGAUACAUGCAGUGGGACCUCAAUGGUACAGCUACAGAGAUAAGGUGGACUGUGUGAAGGACGUCCGAAAGACUGUUGUUGAAAUACUGAAUACUUCAGAGAAGUCUGGAUACAGAAAUGUUGCUAUGCCACCUAUAAGCUCAGGACUGUUUGGUGUGCCCACUGACCUUUGUGCUGCCAUGUAUGUCCUUGGAAUCAUUGACUUCUCAAAAAACGUUGCCAACCUGAAUAGCCUCAAAGAGUUCCAUAUCAUUGAUAUUAAGGAUGAGAUCCUAAAUAUGGUGAUGCAGUAUUAUCAAGAAUGGAAACAGAAUCCCUCUGCAUUAUCUCCUAGCAUGUUAGUUUCUCAACAUCCAGAGGUUAACAAAGGAGACAACUACAACAGGAGCUGGGAAGACAAGAAGGAUUGGAACACAAGACAAGGUCGCUGGCAUAGCCAAAGUCAAACCCAAGGUCAUGGUGGAAGUCAAGGUCAUAACCAAAGUGUCAGAGGAUCUAGUUGUAAUGCAGGUCAUCAAGGUAGCAAAGAUUACAACCACAGUUAUGGAAGAGGUCAGGGUCGUUACAAAGGUUGUGAUGGUAGUCAGGGGUAUCCUGAUGAUCAUAGCCAACAAAACAGAGGAAGGCAACAACACAUUGAACCUCCUGUCAAAAAAGAUGCUGGUUCUUUCAUUUUCAGAAGAAAGUUGAAGGUUUUGAUUUAUUCUGGAAACAUUCUUCAUUGUAACGUUGAAGCCAUUGUGGCCACAGAUGGUAGAGACAAAAAGGGAGCUAUUUCUACAGCUUUAGAAAAAGAAAAUGGUUCAAGUCUGUGGACAAAAUUUAAAGAUAUCUCAAAUGUUUUCUCUUCAAAACACCUUGGACAAAUCACUACAGUAAAACCAAAUAAAAUGAAACAUCUGCGAUGUAUUUAUUACAUCAUCAUGAAUCGGUUCUCGCGCUCUGUUCCUCCUUCACUUGAACAACUGAGAUAUCUGAAAAGUAUUGUUUUAAGACUCCUAGCUCAAGCCAAUGAAUUUGCAUUAAUGGAUGAGAAGAGGAAGAAGAAAUCAAACUAUCAGCCACUAGAGAAGAUGGCAAUGUCUAUUCCUGGGGCAGGAUCAUUGGAAACCCCACAGUAUGUUGAAAAGUGUUCUGAGGUCAUGUUCGAAGCCUUUGAAGAGUUCACUUGGAAGAAUAAACAAAUCUAUUUGAAGGAAGUUCAUCUGGUUGACUUAAGGGAAGAUGUUAUCACCAAAGUUUUGCAAGAAACAUUCAACAAAAAGGUUUUGAGUCUAAGGUCUUUGCCACUGCCACCACCACAUCAGCCAACCCCGCUUCGUAAAACACAACAGUUUGAAGUAUCUGGACACUAUGACACAAUCCCAUAUGAAGGGUCAAUGAGGAAAUUGAAUCCAGAACAAAACCGUAAAAUUGAUGAGUGGAAAAGCAAGGCAUGCUCAAGGACUCUUGAUAUUGAUCAGUAUGUCACCAAGAAGAAAGGCAAUAUGAAGAUAAUUGGUGGAGAUUACAGCACAAAGCAAGGUGGAUCCACAGGGGCCACAUGCGGUGAUGACACAGAAGAUGGUUGCAUAAUAUGUAUGGACACUUUUGAUGAACCAGUGAAACUAAAGAAAUGUGGUCACAUGUUCUGCAAAGAUUGCAUUUCUGAAUCGUUUAAGCAGAAGCCGGUUUGUCCAGUGUGUACCACGGUGUACACAGUUGUACAGGGUGAUCAGCCAGUUGAUGGAAUCGCCUGCGUCUAUGAAGAGAACAGCUCACUUCCAGGCUAUUCUGGCAAUAAAACACUUAUCAUCAACUAUGUUUUCUCAGAUGGCACACAAGAUGAAGAACACCCUAACCCAAGAUGUGGUUAUAAGGGCCUCAAUCGUAAGGCGUACCUUCCUGGCACGAAGAAGGGUCGUGAGGUCCUCCAGAUGCUCAAAGAAGCUUUUGAGCAAAGACUGAUUUUUACCAUUGGUCAGUCGCGAACGACAGGAGAAAAUAACGUUGUCACCUGGAAUGACAUCCAUCACAAGACACGUCGCGAGGGUGGCUCAGAUAGGUUUGGUUACCCAGACGACAACUAUCUUGACCGUGUCACAGAGGAACUGAAUGCCAAAGGAAUAGGUUUGUAGCUCCUUGAAGCCUACAACAAGCUCCCAUACUAGACACAUCUCCUGAGAUCAACAAUUCUUCAAGCGAGGUGAAAACAUUGACCUUGCUGCUGUUGGUCCAUUGAUCAAACACACACUGUCAGCAUGGCCUGUUUCAACAAGUGUUGGAACAAUCUUCUUCAUUGUAAAGUGAUCAUUGACAUCAGCUCACUAUAUAUAGCUCAGACUGUAAAAGUCCAUACCAUAUAGCCAUUAUUUUCAAGGGGAUGAUAUUUUCACUAUUUCGAGGUACAUUAACAUGAUCGCAAAAAUUUAAUCAAUGAAA